GUCCUUUGAUGUGAUGGGUAAAAGUAUGAUUUGAUGGAUAAAUUAUUAGUAAAAAGGUAUGAUGUGAUAGUUAGGGGCAACAGAGAAGCUCAUGUUUUCCAUUAAGAGAGGAGAUCUUGUCAAGCGCACUGGAUCUAUUGUGGAUGUUCCUGCGGGAAAGGCUAUGCUAGGACGUGUGGUCGACGCGUUGGGAGUACCUAUUGAUGGAAGAGGGGCUCUAAGCGAUCACGAGCGAAGACGUGUCGAAGUGAAAGCCCCUGGGAUUAUUGAAUGUAAAUCUGUGCACAAGCAUAUGCAAACAGCACCUACAAUCUUCGACUCCGCCACCGAAAACACAGCUCCCGUAGCAGCCCUGGAGCCCCUUUCGGCCACCGAAGACACAUCACCCGUAUCAGCGGGCGACAUGACGUCGUCCAGCGCUGCCGGAACUGGCAGCAGCACCAGUGCUGAAUUGAAGGACCAACUACCCGACGAGGCAGCACCCAUUGCCGACGAGGCAGCACCUAUAGCUGGUCGUGGGCAACGAGCACGUGUUGGAUCCGUCGGGAUAGGUCCGUUGCCUCGAGCUGCUUUGUCGUCCACGACCUCUACCCCGAGCGCCGUUGCCUCGCCCGCCACCGCGUCCAUAGCCGUUGCGCUGUCCGGAGGAGCCGCCCUCACCGUAGCUGCCGCCGUGCUGGAGCCUGCCGCCAUGGAAACCACCGCUGUCGCUGCUGCUGUGCUGGGGUCCCCCGCUACCGCCGCUGACGGCUGCCGACCACCGCCGUUGACGUCGGGCCUGCCGGCAAGAAGGGCCGUGCUACUCAAGUCGGCCAUGGGGUUGCGUUGUCGGUCCAAAAGCAUGAGAGCGGAGCGGGCUUGGAGAAAAGUGGGCAGCGGAUCCUGAAAUUGAAGAAAAGACGUCUGGGCUU